UACGUAUUUCAACUCCAUUUCCUUAUUAAUGAGAAUUCUCAGUGACAAUCUGUUCUUUGAGUGGGAUUUUUCUGUUUUACUAACAAAAGCUGUAUAUUUCCACAGCUCUUCUGCACCAUGAAGGGGUACUUCUCGAACGUCAUUCUUGUUCUGGCCAUGUCUACCUGUGCUGUCUUUGCAGUUGACUUCCCUCUUCCUGUAGUCUCCAAAGGAGCUCACCUCCAAGAGACAAAGGUUGAGUGUAUCAAGAAUAUAAAUAAGUGCUGGGCUUUCUCCUACAUCAAGUCAAGUGAACUCAUAUGUGGCAGUGACCAGGUCACCUACAAUGGUGAAUGCCAUCUCUGCUCCAAAAUUUUAAAAACUCCUGAACUUACCAUAAACAGUUAAAGAACUUUCUGAAUCCCUAGAUGACCAAGUGAAAGAAUGAUUGCCUCUUCAAGAAAUACCCCCUUUUGAGAAUGGCCUCCUGGAGGAAAUCAAAGAUUAGGAUCAAACUCA